AUGCUUGCCGACCGAGGCCUGGUCAAUUCGGCCCAUCGAAAUCCUCCGCAAUCAACCACUAUUUUGGACGAAGGGGAGAAUGACGACAACAGGCCCAUGUCAUCUGCUGCUGCUGUAUUUCGCUUGGGUCUGACACCUCAAGCAAGAUCAGAUCGGUUAUUAUCGCCGUUACCUUCCCCACCACGGAGCCGUAUUUCUAGCGGCCGUAAGGUCUCUCAGCAACUUGAUUGCCUAUUGAAGAAAGAUAAACGCCGGGUGUUGUCACCACUCGACAGGCCGAAGAAACCCUUGGAUAUCCCAAAGCUUGCAGAUAAUUACAAAAAUCCCUUCUUGGGACCCGGGCCACUAGAGCGACGAAAAUACGAGCCGACUAAGAAAUUGGACAAGAAGACAUCGCAAUGGGUGCGAGCGUCGCAGCUAUCCCUCCUACCAGCAACGCCUGCAGGACCAUCUGCUACACGAAGGCCGCAUCGGGUUCCUGUACUAGGAAAAGUGCCACCAAGCAUCCCUGCACCGGAAGGGUAUUUUCGUAUCUUUACUGAAAUGAAAACAGUUGAGACCACCGACGCAUCGAAAAAUGGACAUCAUCUAGCAUCUCUUCUUCCGCAUCGGUACACAAAGAAAGUGCCUUUAUACGGGACCAGUCCGAGAAUGCUUCUGAUGAUGCAAAAAGCGCCCCCAUCCCGUCUUGCGCGGCUGACCGUCACACCGGGAGUGUUACCUCCCAUCCCUCAAUCGACCAUCAAGCCCUCACAAGUCAGCGAAAAAAGCCUUUCUCGGUUCACACGUCUACCGCCCGCUCCAUCGAUAGUCAAUGAUACAGUGGAGACUCCCACAUCUCUCCCCACCUCACAGCCCGCGUCCCGGCGAAGCUCCACUAUCAAGGUCCGACGAAAGUUACGGAAAAAGGUGCAAGUCGCGGAAUCUCAAUUACAACCUAUAUCGUCGUCACCCCAUGCAGACAUCUCGCCAGUACAAACGGCGCCUGAGCCUGACACAUCAAAUAUAGUGGCUGGUCCACCAUCGCAUGUCCAGGAAGAGGCGACCAAGCCAGCUAUACCAAAGCUCCCUGAUGUCGAAUUGGACGCAAAUUCGGAGCUGACUGGAUGGGAAACAGAACCGCAACCGCCUUCUGUUGUUGCACCUGCCCGACAGCGAUUAUCAGAGCCUGUGGUCCAACCAGCGGUGUCAGCUUCUCAACCAGUCAUGGAGACCGCACCUAGUUCCAAACCCACGCCAAAGUCCUCCGUGGUGGAUCGUCCUUAUAAACCUCGCCGUCCCACUCCACCAAAACAAGUGACUGUAAAUCUGCAACAACUGCUUAACAAAAAUAAACAAGUCGACAGUCCUAUUGAGCCAGGGUCAGACGGAGAAGCGGCCAGGGAGGAGGAGGACGAAUUUGUUGUUUUCCGAGGCGACGACACAACAGCAGAAGACACUGAAACCUCUGCAUCAACGCCGAAAAUACCGUCAAGGACGUCACAAUACCUUGGUAGGCAUCGACAAAACUCCAACGACCCUGUAAGUGUUGCCUCCGGUGGGGAAGAUGAGCGCAAGAAGAGGAGAGCAUCAGUGGCUUUGGCUGCGAGAAAGAGUAUUGUCCGACGAACGUCAAAGAUAGACCUUGAGCAUAUGCGACGACAGCGCAUUGCAGAAGGCGGGCCACACCGUGCUGGUCUGGAAGGCGAAAAAGCGAAAGAGGACUUCCUGAGUGCAAUGGUCAAAGACUUGAACGUUCUCGGCGAUGACAGCAAAGCGCGCUAUUUAGCUCUCUCUGAACCAAUCUUUAAGGACAAGACCUUGGUUGCAGUCGAAGAAAUGGGUGCCGAGUUGGCAAAAAUGGGUUGGGUCACAGAACAGGAGAUUGAAUACAUCAACCGGGUGUUUGAACUUGUAGCGGGUGAUCAUAUUGAUCAAUCUGAAUUCUGUGUUAUUGCUGCGUUGGCGGAGAGAAUGACACUGCUAGAUACGAAUCUCCGCCUCAGCUUCAGCGAUACCGACUUCAAAAAGCUGGAGAGGAAUAUCAAGCAGUACCGCAACCUCUUUUCUGUCAACACCUCUUCUGAGGACGGGCGAAUGACAUAUGAGGAUCUCAAAAUACUCCUUCUUUCUACUGGCCUGCCGGCAGACUCAAUAGAACAUGUCGCAUCAUUACUGAAUGUGGCGUCGGACGAGGCAGCCGCAUCUGGGACUACCAAGCAGACUGCUGUGGGUUUCCUGGAUUUCUUGACCUAUGUUCCCUUUUUCUCGGUCCUACAUGAUAAGAUAGUGGCGGAUCCUUUUGCUGAAGGGGGCGGUAGUGGUGAAGAUGUGAUUAAGAAUUUGUUGGCGGAUUUAAAGGGACGACAAAAAGGCGGUGGAGCUGGGUAGAUUCAUUCACUUUUACAAUAGAUCAAGAAGGGAUAAUGCCAACUCUGA